CACAUCGCGCCCGCUUUCCCGUCUCGUAUGCAUGCCUAUCCCGGGAAUGGUGUAGUCAGCCCGUAUCUGAAUUAUUUAUAGACUCGUGCCAGCUGGGUUUUUUUUUGUUGAUUUUUUUUAUUAUUAUUAUUUUUUUAAAUUUCGCUUGUGUGCACUGUUGGGAAAUGCGUUUUGUCUCCCUUCUUUCUCAAUAUAUUAAUGUCUUUGUUGGGGAGCGGUUUUUAUCCCCUUCAGAUCCCUCUAAUACAAAAUUGAUGCUUAUUUUUCCCUUCAGGAAGGGGACGCUUUGAGGAUAAUCAUGCUUCACAGAAGAACGGCACCGACCUCCAGUUGCAUUAAACACAACCUCUUCCAAUAGGGCUCCAGGAAAAAAAAAAAAAAAAGAAUUAUAAGAAUAAUCAUUAAAAAGGCGAGAGGAAUGCUUGCUCUGGAACCUGCAUUUGACGAUCCUCACCAGUCGUGCUGAAUAUCCUCUGUAGUGAUUCUCUCCAGCUUUUGAAUUUGCACCGCUUCAAGACGCAAGAUUGCCACAAAGAAACCUCUUUUUUUUUUUUUUUACAGCCAAGUAGGAUUGUUUUUUAACUCGUUCCCCCACAUUUGCCCCCCGACCCUUAUUCUUCUUAUGUGGAUAUGCAAGCAAGAAGAGGAGACUGGACAUUCCCAACAUGCUCUCUCCCUUGAUCUGUCCGUCUAGAGGUUCUGCUUCUACAAACCAAGGGAGUCGAAGAGCCGAAGAUGAGGCCCAGGGUGGAGUGCUACUCUCCGAGGUUUUGGCUGGUGCUGGCAGUCCUCGCAACAACAGGGAGCGGGGCCCGUGCCCAGAAAAGCCACCCGAGCAUUGGCAUUGCAGUCAUCCUGGUGGGAACCUCGGACGAAGUGGCCAUCAAAGAUGCCCACGAGAAAGAUGACUUCCACCACCUCUCAGUGGUGCCUCGAGUGGAGCUGGUGGCCAUGAAUGAGACAGACCCCAAGAGUAUCAUCACCCGCAUCUGUGACCUCAUGUCAGAUCGGAAGAUUCAAGGGGUAGUAUUUGCUGAUGACACAGACCAGGAAGCCAUUGCCCAGAUCCUGGACUUCAUCUCUGCCCAGACCCUCACUCCCAUCCUGGGCAUCCAUGGAGGCUCCUCUAUGAUCAUGGCAGAUAAGUCUCUCCUUGGGAAGGCAGCAUCUCCUGCCACUGCCCUGUGUACCCCACUGGCUUGCUGCAUUCUGGCUGGCACGCAGCCCACAGGGAGCUCGAAGGAUGAGUCAUCCAUGUUCUUCCAGUUUGGCCCAUCAAUAGAACAGCAAGCUUCUGUCAUGCUCAACAUCAUGGAAGAAUACGACUGGUACAUCUUCUCCAUUGUCACGACUUACUUCCCUGGUUACCAGGACUUUGUGAACAAGAUCCGCAGUACCAUUGAGCACAGUUUUGUGGGUUGGGAACUGGAGGAGGUCCUCCUGUUGGACAUGUCCCUGGAUGAUGGGGACUCAAAGAUCCAGAACCAGCUCAAGAAGCUUCAAAGCCCUGUUAUCCUCCUCUACUGCACAAAGGAAGAGGCCACCUACAUUUUUGAGGUGGCCAACUCUGUGGGUCUGACAGGCUAUGGUUACACGUGGAUCGUGCCCAGCCUGGUGGCAGGGGAUACAGACACUGUGCCAUCUGAGUUUCCCACCGGGCUCAUCUCUGUCUCAUAUGAUGAAUGGGACUACGGUCUUCCUGCCAGAGUAAGGGAUGGAAUAGCCAUAAUCACCACGGCUGCUUCUGAUAUGCUGUCUGAACACAGCUUCAUCCCUGAACCCAAGAGCAGCUGUUACAACACCCAGGAGAAAAGGAUUUACCAGUCCAACAUGCUCAACAGGUACCUGAUCAAUGUCACCUUUGAAGGCAGGAAUUUGUCGUUCAGUGAGGACGGAUACCAGAUGCAUCCCAAGCUGGUCAUCAUCCUUUUGACCAAGGAGAGGAAGUGGGAGAGGGUGGGAAAAUGGAAGGAAAAAAAGUUGCAGAUGAAGUAUUAUGUGUGGCCACGCUUUGAGCUGUAUCCUGACUCUGAGGAACGUGAGGAUGAUCACCUGAGUAUCGUGACCUUGGAAGAGGCACCAUUUGUCAUUGUGGAGAAUGUGGACCCCCUAAGUGGCACCUGCAUGAGGAACACGGUCCCUUGCCAAAAGCGCAUAGUGACUGAGAACAAAACUGACGAGGAGCCAGAUUACAUGAAGAAAUGUUGCAAGGGGUUCUGCAUUGACAUCCUCAAGAAAAUCUCAAAGUCUGUCAAGUUCACCUAUGACCUCUACUUGGUGACUAAUGGCAAGCAUGGGAAAAAGAUCAAUGGGACGUGGAAUGGAAUGAUUGGAGAGGUUGUCACCAAACGGGCCUAUAUGGCUGUGGGAUCCCUCACCAUUAAUGAGGAGCGUUCAGAAGUGGUGGAUUUCUCUGUGCCCUUCAUUGAGACAGGAAUCAGUGUCAUGGUGUCACGUAGCAAUGGAACUGUCUCACCUUCUGCCUUCUUAGAGCCUUUCAGUGCUGAUGUAUGGGUGAUGAUGUUUGUGAUGCUGCUUAUCAUCUCUGCGGUGGCCGUCUUCGUCUUUGAGUACUUCAGCCCUGUGGGCUAUAAUCGGUGCCUUGCUGAUGGCAGAGAGCCAGGAGGUCCCUCUUUCACCAUUGGCAAAGCUAUCUGGUUGCUGUGGGGGCUGGUGUUCAACAACUCUGUGCCAGUACAGAAUCCCAAGGGUACCACUAGCAAGAUCAUGGUGUCGGUGUGGGCCUUCUUCGCUGUCAUCUUUCUGGCCAGCUACACUGCCAACCUGGCUGCCUUCAUGAUCCAAGAGGAAUACGUGGACCAGGUGUCUGGCUUGAGCGACAAAAAGUUCCAGAAACCAAAUGACUUCUCACCCCCUUUCCGCUUCGGGACAGUUCCUAAUGGCAGCACAGAGAGGAACAUUCGCAACAACUACCCUGAAAUGCACAGCUACAUGGUGAAGUUCAAUCAGAGAGGGGUGGAUGAUGCAUUGUUCUCUUUGAAGACUGGGAAGUUGGAUGCUUUCAUUUAUGAUGCAGCAGUGCUAAACUACAUGGCUGGCAGAGAUGAAGGCUGCAAACUGGUGACAAUUGGAAGUGGGAAAGUGUUUGCCUCCACUGGCUAUGGCAUUGCCAUUCAAAAGGACUCAGGCUGGAAGCGCCAGGUUGAUCUUGCCAUUCUACAGCUUUUUGGAGAUGGGGAGAUGGAGGAGCUGGAAGCUCUCUGGCUCACUGGCAUUUGUCACAAUGAGAAGAAUGAGGUUAUGAGCAGCCAGUUGGAUAUAGAUAACAUGGCAGGUGUCUUCUACAUGCUGGGAGCAGCCAUGGCCCUCAGUCUCAUCACCUUCAUCUGUGAGCACCUCUUCUACUGGCAAUUCCGCCACUGCUUCAUGGGCGUCUGCUCUGGCAAGCCUGGUGUGGUCUUCUCCAUCAGCAGGGGUAUCUACAGCUGCAUCCACGGCGUGGCCAUCGAAGAACGCCAGUCAGCAAUGAACUCCCCCACUGCAACUAUGAACAACACUCAUUCCAACAUCCUCCGCCUGCUUCGGACAGCCAAGAACAUGGCCAACCUGUCAGGGGUCAAUGGCUCACCACAGAGUGCCCUAGACUUUAUCCGCCGCGAGUCAUCAGUCUAUGAUAUCUCUGAGCACCGUCGCAGCUUCACCCACUCAGACUGUAAGUCCUACAACAACCCCCCCUGUGAGGAGAACCUCUUCAGUGACUAUAUUAGUGAGGUGGAAAGGACCUUUGGCAACCUGCAGCUGAAGGACAGCAAUGUGUAUCAAGACCACUACCACCACCACCACCGCCCCCAUAGCAUCGGCAGCACCAGCUCCAUUGAUGGGCUCUAUGACUGUGACAACCCACCCUUCAAUGCCCAGUCACGGUCCAUCGGGAAGAAGCCCUUGGACCUGGGGUUACCUCCUGCCAAGCACAGCCAGUUGGGUGACCUCUAUGGCAAGUUCUCCUUCAAGAGUGACCGCUAUGGGGGCAGUGGGACCCAUGACGACCUGAUUCGCUCAGAUGUUUCAGACAUUUCCACUCACACGGUCACCUAUGGCAACAUCGAGGGCAAUGCGGCCAAACGGCGGAAGCAGCAGUACAAGGACAGCCUAAAGAAGCGCCCAGCAUCUGCCAAGUCCCGGCGGGAGUUUGAUGAGAUAGAGCUGGCCUACCGCCGGCGCCCGCCCCGCUCACCUGACCACAAGCGCUACUUCAGGGACAAGGAAGGGCUACGGGACUUCUACCUAGACCAGUUUCGGGCCAAGGAGAACUCGCCGCACUGGGAACAUGUGGACCUGACAGAUAUCUACAAAGAGCGGGGAGAUGAGUUUAAGCGGGACACAGGAGGAGGAGGAGGAGGGGGUCAAUCCUGCACCAACAGGGCCCACCACAAGCACGGCUCGGGCGAGUUUGGCGGAAGCAAUGAGCACAAGCAUGGUGUUGUGAGUGGGGUCCCAGCUCCAUGGGAGAAGAACCUGACCAAUCUAGACUGGGAGGACCGGACCGGGGCUAAUUUCUGCCGCAGUUGCCCUUCUAAGCUGCACAACUACACGCCAUCAGUGGUGGGUCAGAAUUCCACCCGCCAGGCCUGCAUCCGCUGUGAGGCUUGCAAGAAAGCGGGCAACCUGUAUGACAUCAGUGAGGACAACUCACUCCAAGAGCUGGACCAGCCACCUGCCCCUGUGCCCGUGGCCACCAGUGCCACCUCCUCCUCCAAAUAUCCUCAGAGCCCUUCCAAUUCUGCCUCCAAGGUGCAGAAGAAGACCCGCAACAAGCUCCGCCGGCAGCAUUCCUAUGACACCUUUGUGGACCUGCAGAAGGAUGACUCAGCCUUGGCCCCCCGCAGCGUCAGCCUCAAGGACAAGGGCCGCUUUUUGGAGGGGAGCCCUUACGCCCACAUGUUUGAGAUGCCAGCUAGUGAGACCACCUUUGCCAACAACAAGUCCUCAGUGCCCGCCACCAGCUACCACCACCACAACAACCCCGGCAGCAGUGGGGGCUACAUGCUCAGCAAGUCGCUCUACCCCGACCGGGUCACCCAAAACCCUUUCAUCCCCACUUUUGGGGAUGACCAAUGCUUGCUCCACGGCAGCAAAUCUUAUUUCUUCAGGCAGCCUGUGGUGGCAGGAGGGCCCAAAGCCAGGCCAGACUUCCGAGCCAUUGUCACCACCAACAAGCCGGUGGUCUCAGCCCUUCAUGGGGCUGUGCCAGCCCGUUUCCAGAAGGACAUCUGUAUAGGGAACCAGUCCAACCCCUGUGUGCCUAACAACAAAAACCCCAGGGCUUUCAAUGGCUCCAGCAACGGGCAUGUUUAUGAGAAACUCUCCAGUAUUGAGUCUGAUGUUUGAGUGAGAAGGGAAGAGCGUGGGGAGGGA